AUGUUGAGGCAUCAAGAACUCAUAUUUUCCAGCAUAAGGAGAUUUCUCUUUUAUGCGACCAGCUGUGACAGAAUCAUUGGGUGUCGCUCUCAUCAUAGAGUCUUUCAACACAAGUUCUCUAUACCAGAGCAGCAUACCAACGACGCCCUUUCUGCUAUCUGUGGGACAUCGCUUGAGAGGCUGGUCAGCAGAUGGAAGGAGAGCAGAGAGAUCAAAGGUCUUGCGGAGGAGGUGCGACCCACGAAGGCCGUGCUGGAAAGAGCUAUCGAGCUGCAGAAGGAUUUAUACGUGUGCUUUAUUGAUUAUACAAAGGCUUUUGAUAAAGUGCAACAUGAAGAGCUUUUCAAUAUGCUAAGAAGUUUAAAUCUGGAUGAAAAGGAUUUAAGAGUUCUGCACAACCUCUACUGA